AUGGAGCCUUCAGCACGUGCAUGGGCUGCACGUCUUGAGCGUUCAGUGGAAGCGAGUUCAGACCCUUUGAGAACUAGUGACAUGACCGUGAGAGGUUCUGAUGAUUCUGUGCGAGGUUAUCAGGAUCUCUGGAGUGGUCCCACGCCCGCAAGACAGACCAACCCACCACCUUUCGUCAUAGCCCUAGUAGUCGCUUUCAUGGACACAAUCACCCAGUGGCUGAUGGGAAUGAGGAACGGAUUGAAAGCCUGGGUUGCGCGCAAAUACCCUCCUUUCGUCGACCCACGAGCAAGCGUACGCUUCUAUAGCGAGCCACCAAUCCGCCUGACACGAACGUAUGAUAGCGAAGGCUCCAAGCCAGGUCAUGAUGAUGAGGUCGCAGGCGAGCACACCAGGCCUGCGGCCAGCAGCUCAAGGCAAACAUGGGAGGGCAAGAACAAGACCAUCGAGAUACCAGGAUAUCAGAGUGCACUCGAGAGACACGAGGCAGAGCUACAGCAUCGUGCCAGAAAGUUGGACGGAACCAUACAGCCUGUGGGCAGCAGCUCUGGCUCUUCCAUGCACCUGGUUACAAGCCCCUCAUCUUUGAAGCCUGGUCAGACCGGCCUUCCGUCUCCUCAUAGCCCCGACCAUCCUCGGUCCGUUCCUAGGAGUCUGAGUCCUAUGAGUAUUUCUGACAAAGCUAUGGAACCUGUCCGCGCGAGCAUUAGUAGCCUGAUCGAGAGAACUCUGAUAGCUUCGGAGGAUAAUGGCCGCCAAAAACAUGUCUUGAGAACACUUGAUGGAGAGGGGAGACAAAACGCUGAAAUAACGCUCGAACUAGGUGACGGCGACGUCGUCGCUGAGGAAUCAGCCCACAAUCACGACACUUCAGGCCCGACAUCCUCGUCGGAUAUGCACGGCAAGGACAAGCAACAAACACCCACUGUUGCGCGACAGCCACGCAAAAAAGGCGGCAGAGGAAAAACGUCCACACAAGUUCCUAGCGCUAGCAAACCAUUAGCGAAAAAGGACGACCCCGAUGCAACAUCCAUACCUGCACACCUCCCUCAGCACGACAAGCGUAGCGAGAAGAAACAUUCGAAAAAAAGCAAGCCGGCCGCCACGGCAAAGCACGAUCCUUCAUCCCCGUCGACAUCACGCAGCACGCCACGCUCGAAGCGGAUCACGGCAGCUGCUUCUCCCACGUCGGCACCUGCGCCUGAGCCAGCGGCAAAUGGCCGUCGCACUCGUCGUAGGGCUAAGAAGAAGGGGAAGGAGACGGGGGCGGGACAGCUCGGCGUUGAUCCUGACGCGUAG